UUUCGAACUUAUGGUCCCCAAGCUCCAGCUGGUUUCCCGGAAGGAAAGGGAAUGACCUUUAAGAAGCCCUACAGAUUUUCCAUAAAGAAUUCCAACAUUUCAAGCUUUGAAUCCAUCAAACCAAUAGUGGUCUUUAACCACGAGGCCUAUAACCGUUGAAUUAGACCCCUUUUUUUUAAUCCAUUUAUAAUCCAAAAACCAUCUCAGUUGAUAGGUACGAGAUUUUGGAGGACUGCCGUGGCCGUUUGGGGUAGGAUUUGUACGUAUUUGAAGGUUUAAGUGGACUCAUACUUUUUUCCCUAUUAGUUUAUUGUACUAUAUAAUAAGAGAAAGGGCAGUCAGAGUUAGUAACAUCUUUUUGAUUUACUCGAAAUCUUCAUUGAGAGAGAGAGAGAGGAAAAAGGAACAUAUCUGAAGGUCUGAUUCAGGGUAUAUACAGGUACACGAUUGUCUUGUCCUAAAACCAAGUCUGUUCGAUAAUUGAAGGCUUAUGGGAUUGUCACUUUCCUUGCUUCUAUCGGCCUGGCAACAAAUUCUUAGCCACAGGUUUUUCGGUUUGGCCUACAACAUCAGUCUCAGUUCAAAAGAUGGAGAGGUGACCUUGAGGGUAAAUAGCUUCAAGAGAACAGAUUCAGAAACCAUGACCAACUCAAUUGGAAUUGGGUCGGAUAAAUUUCAAAGAAAAAAUUCGAUAACAUUGAGAGGUUGCAAACCUGAUAAAGUACUGCUUGAAAAAGCUUUUUCUUUCAAGAAUCUAAUUCAAGAUAGUCAGCAGUCAGGUUCAAAUGCUUCGAAUGGGCUUACGCAUAAGCCAAUGCCCACACUCUCUCUACCAAAACCAACGAUAUUGUUCUCACCAAGACCCGUUAGUGAGCUUGAUGCGGCUGCUGUUAAGCUUCAGAAAGUUUACAAGAGCUACCGGACUCGCAGAAACCUUGCAGAUUGUGCAGUGGUGAUUGAGGAGCUAUGGUGGAAGGUUUUAGACCUUGCAGAGCUCAAGCAAAGUUCUGUGUCAUUCUUCGAUGUUGAAAAACCGGAAUCUGCAGUUUCACGGUGGGCAAGGGCCAAGACAAGAGCAGCCAAGGUAGGAAAGGGUUUGUCCAAGGAUGAAAAGGCUCAGAAACUAGCCCUUCAACACUGGCUUGAAGCUAUUGAUCCACGACAUCGUUAUGGGCAUAACUUGCACCUAUACUAUGACAUUUGGUUCUCAAGUGAGAGCACACAGCCAUUCUUCUACUGGUUGGAUGUUGGAGAUGGGAAAGAAGUAAAUCUUGACAAAUGUCCGAGGAAAAAACUACAACAGCAAUGCAUCACAUAUCUUGGACCAAAAGAAAGGGAAGAAUAUGAGGUAAUAGUUGACAAUGGGAGGCUUAUUUUUAGGCAGAGUGGCUUACCGGUGGAUACAGCAGGGAAAUCCAAAUGGAUAUUUGUCCUUAGCACAACUAGGUCCUUAUACGUGGGUCAAAAGGAAAAGGGUAAAUUCCAACAUUCUAGUUUUCUGGCCGGAGGUGCAACCACCGCAGCUGGAAGAUUAGUUGCUCGUGAUGGAGUUCUUGAGGCUAUAUGGCCAUACAGUGGUCACUAUCACCCAACGGAAGAGAACUUCAUGGAAUUCAUUAGCUUCCUCGAGGAAAAUCAUGUAAAUCUCACUAAUGUUAAGAGGUGUGCUGUUGAUGAUGACUACAUUUAUGGGCAAGCCCCAGCCGAGGAACCCAAACCAGGAUCAGUUGUCGGUUCUGAUGAAACCAGGAAAGCUGAUGUGCGUGAUGGAGCUGACAGCAUCAGGGGGGCAACAGCCACAGAUGAUAAUCACCAAGAUGAAAAGACUAACACCAAGGGUGCCAACGCGGAAGCACCGGUGUUCCAUCUGGCCAAGAGAUUGUCAUACAAGUGGACCACGGGGGUUGGACCCCGUAUCGGGUGCGUGCGGGACUACCCUAGCGAGCUACAGUCGAAAGCACUUGAACAAGUUAACCUGUCACCUAGGGUUACUCCUGGCCUCGUGAAGUAUGGUCCAAUUCCUUCGCCGCGGCCCAGUCCAAAGAUCCAUCUUUCCCCAGGCAUUGCAAGCAUGGGUCUGCCAAGUCCGAGGCCCAUAGCAGCAGCAAGCUAAGCCAGUUUUCCGAAGGAGAUGGCCUACUAGCUUGCAUGCUCAAGGCACCGCUCGUGCCGAAAGAGGACUUCGGAGAAUUCACGUGGGAAGAUAACAAAGUUACUAACCAAAAUAUGCAUUCUUUAUUUUUUUUAUUCAUCAUUUUUAAAUGUAGUUAAUUUCCUAGAUGUAACUGAGCCAGGCAAUUUUUGAAUCCUACUUCUGGCUAAAGGUUUUUAGUAAUAAAUAAUCGUGAAGAUUAUUCAUGUAUUUGUACUUCUUGUUGUCGUAUAAAAGUCGAAUUCUUUUUAAGCAA